CAUGUGAGCAUGUGGAUUCUAACCUUGAAUUGCCGUCAAAUGUCACUUGUUUAUAUCGUUUAUGCAUCGAAUCUUGUGUUUGAUGAGUAGAUGAAAAAUUAAAUUCUCAGAUGUCUGGGUCGAUCAGGAAAUUGGAAGAGCGUCAGCUUCCAGUGGAAGUUACACUGAUGCGAUGGUCUCCAAAAAUGGACCUUUUGGCAGUUGCCAACAAGAAAGGUGAAGUUGCACUGCAUCGGCUAACAUGGCAGCGUGUGUGGCUCCUAAGUCCGCCAGAGGAAUCAGAAACUGUCUCCAAUCUCUGUUGGAGACCUGAUGGUAAACUCCUGGCAGUCACCUACGACAAUUCUCGAACGCUGCAUCUUGUGGACAUUGAGAACAAGAACAUUCUUCAUAAAAAGGAACAUGAAUCCAAGGGAAGAGUCACCUGCAUCUCCUGGUUACCCAUGGAGAACAGAAAGUUCUCGGAUGCCCAAAGUUCAAUGCAGAAUUCCAAGACCUCACCCACCUCACCCACUGGAAAAUACCUUCCUCCUCUUCCUAGUCUUAAUCGAGGAUUUAGUCAAGAACCUGAGAGGAAAGACUGCUUAUUUCAAACUCUGGAUAUGCUUUUUCUAGGUCACGAAGGUGGUGAAAUGACGAUGUACGUAUUCGGGAUGUUUUACUGUGGUGCGAUAAAAGUAGGAAAUGGUUCAGUUUCUGAAAUAAGUGGAGGUUCCGGGAAGCCGAUCUUCGUCUCGUGCAAGACUUCCCAGGGAAUAAAAGUGAAUCGACUCUCCUGUAGUCUCCUAGAACAAUCAGCAGCUUUCUUGAAAGUAGCCCAAGUCCAGGCAAACGUCGAGUGUCUCAUGGACUAUCUGUCCCAUACGUUGAUGGCGAUCUCCGAAGCCUGGGAGACAAUUCUUCUAGAAAUGGACGAGAAAUUAGCUAGAUACGAGGAGUGCGAUAUGCCAGGAGCUCUCGCCGCUGAUUUUCUCGAGCUGCUCAUGAUCGGAAUUCCCACGUCGAAGUUAAAAAAUUUUCUUCUCCGGGAUCUAACAGAGAAGGGGCUGAAAAAGCUGGGUCACAGCAUCGAAAUCUGCUACAGUAAUAUCCAGAAACUGGUUCUCAAGCAUCUGAGCAGUGUGGGGAUGGCUUUGGUCUAUCAGUUAUCAGAAAUGCGCGGGAUGGCUAGACUCGGAGGUCCUUACGAGGCACUGGGACUGGGGAAUGAAGAGCCCAUUACGAGGGCUCUUCAUGCCUCCGAAGCAUUUCUAGCUAAAUCAUCAGAAAUUCAGCAGGUAAUAGAUCACAGCAUGAGGGACUACAAGGCCUUCUUCCGAUGGCUUUACGUCGUAAUAGCUAAACUGACAGAUGAAAGAGUCCCCUCAGAGGCGAGCAGAGUCAGCCAGCAAGAACUGACAUUCAUCGCCGAGUUCCUCAGGGGUUUCGACAAAAGCGACACAACGAGUCGAAGAAAGGGCGUUAAUCUCGAGAAAUUAGGGCAAUACCUCCGCCGAGAAAGCCUGCAGAUCCCUCUCACCACUGAGGGGAGUGAAUGGGCCACUCUGUUAUCCGAGAACAAGUGUCUCCAUGAUCACCCACUGAUAAUCAAACAAGACCUGGAUUGUUCAUUGUUGCAGUCCCACCUGAAACUCGUGGAAGCAGUCACUGGGGUCUUUUCCAACGCCUAUAAAGGCCUCACGUCUCAUUUCGUGGUAAACUCUACGACUUUGCCGACCUUUGAAGCCUCAACGUGCACCCAGGUAGUGACUCUGGAGGGUGAUUUUCUUAUCGCAGCUUCUGAUGGUGAUGGAAGGUCCCUGAGGAUUUUCAAAGUCGGCUCUGGCCCCGUAGAGGGGAAACUAGGGUUCAAGAGCUCAGUUAUCUCCAUUGAUUUCAAGCACCCGUCUUUCACCAAGACUGUCAGUGAUUUUGCCAUCAGUGACAUGCAGUUCUACUCUCCACAAUUCCUCAGUAUAUUAUUGUUGAAACUCAAUAAUCUGACAUCGACUUUGGUGCAGCUGAAUGUCAAUGAGGGACAGAUAUUCGAUGUGGAAGAGGAGUCUGUGUUUCUCAAUGAUCUUGUAGGAUCCAAUUGGCCCAGGAGCUUUCAAGGAAUCUCUGCGAGGAGACUUGCAGUGUCAGGACCCAGGAAAGUUGCUGCUGUUCUCAGCGAGAAUAGCAAGAAAAUUAGAUUGCUCGAGACUGAGGUCGAGCCUGAGGACGAGGACGACGACGAGGACGACGAGACUGGGGAGGAGAGCUGGGAGAUCUCUGGUAAUCUUAUGGAAACAUCUGGCAAUAAUCUCUCCGGGGUGUCAACAUGAGGAGAGAUGGACUGUGUGUAAAUAUUUUUUUUUAUUCAUUGUUUUUCAAUUAUUAAAUGUUUAAGAACUAUAUUUACAAGAUUCUUACUCUGUACUUCUAGCUUAUAAAUUAUUUUAAGUGAGUUA